CGAUGUGUUUGUCCUCAACAGUACACUGGGAAUUUUGUGAGGUCCGCAUGGAGAUACCCUGUCGAGAUAAGUACUUUGGUGCUUCAAGUAUAGGCGUCUGUGGUCCGUGUAAAUGUGAAGUGGGGAAUGAAUCUGAGUCCAGUUUGUAACAAGUCUACAGGAGAGUGCUACUGUAAUGUCCUUCUUCAGUCAGCCAGAACGCUGUUUAGCUCCGAUAUCAAAGAUGUGUGGGACGUCGUUCAACAGGCUAAAGAGGCCAAACAUUCUGGAGUGAAGGAAGAUUUGACCUUAACUAACCGGUCAAAUUUUUGCAAUGCCACUGAGGUAAGAAGUGUAGCUAUCAAGCCAACUUUGAUGACAGUACCUAGUUUAAAGGAAGCUUUACGUAGUAGAGGAUUAAGCACUGCAGGUACUAAGGAAAUUCUAGUUAAGCGCCUUGAAGGUGCAUUGGCUGGGGAGGGGUAGUUGAAUUAUUUUUUAAUCAACAGUUUAAAUCUCCCAAAAUAUUUGAUUUGAAAAUUAUUUUUCUGGGUCAAUUUGGUGCACAAUAAGGCAUACUUGUUAUGAGAAUGAUAACUAGGCUCUCAACAAAUUCUGUGUACCAGUAAUGUGAGUAUUAUACCUACUUCAUAAGAAAAAUAUAUUUAAAUUGGUGCAAAUUUUUUUUAAAUUAGCUGUUUGUCAGAGAGGUUAAACCUGUCCAAAUGCAAAAGUACUGUUGUCACUGAUAUCACUUGGUAUGCACUGAUAUAUUACAUAUAAAACUUUAUAUACCCAUUAUUUUUU